ACUCAAUUUAUAUUUUCUUAUUGUUAAUGAGGGGUUUCUCCCCCUCUGCGCCGUCUUCGCCGUUUCCCUCCACCGCACGCCGCCGCGGCCCUUGCAGGUAGCCGCCACACACUGCCUCCUCCUCUCCUCCCUCCCUCCUCGCCACUGCCGUCCACCGCCGCCGCCGCCUUCGCAGCUGCCAGCCGCCUCCUUUUUCUCCUCUCCCCCUCCUCACUGUUGCCGGCGGAGGAGAGCGAGGAGGAGGUGAGUAUCUCCGCCAGCCGUCGGGCCCAGCAACGAUGAAGGGAGAAGAGGGAGAGAGGAGAGGGAAAAAAAAAAAAAGUUUCUUCUCUCCCCACUAAUUAGAAAUAAAAAUUUAUUUUAUGUAAAAUUCUUCAAACAAUUCAAGAGGGGUACAUUGAAUUUAGACCAUGGCCAAAUUCACUGUACCUGUUCAAGAAUCACUGUGCUUAAUUUAGGAGAUCCGCAGAUAAUUUUGGCAUGAUCUUGAUGUUUCCCUCUUGGGUUUUUUUGUUGUUGAUAUUUGUUAACAUCUUACGUAAACGAAGGGCAAUUUUUUUCGUUGCAAUGGUUCCAAAAAGGGAAAGUUUACAGCCAAUUUCUCUUGGAGUGAUGAGGUGAAUGAGUCGCCUAUUGAAGAAGUGAAAUUAACCGUCCCUACCACAGAUGAUUGGACGCUGCCCGUGCUUACCUUCCGAACAUGGUUCUUAGGGGUCGCAACAUGCAUCAUUCUUACUACCAUAAGUACAUUCACUUCAUUUCGACAAAAUCCUAUCAUGUUCCCCAUGCUCACUAUCCAACUUUUGAUUCUUCCUGCCGGCAAGUUGAUGGAAACUAUUCUUCCAGCCAAGAAUAUAAGAAUUCCGGGCACAAAAUGGCAGUUCUCAUUGAAUCCAGGCCCCUUUAAUAUUAAGGAGCAUGUUGUUAUCUCUACAUUUGCUAGUUCAGGGGUAGGAUCGACUAGUGCAAUCGACAUUAUGGCAACGGUCAAGGCCUUUUUUAAAACAACUAUUCAUCCGUUGGCAUCCUUUUUGCUAAUCCUAACUACAAAUGUUUUUGGGAUUGGAUUUGUUGGCUUCUUCAUGAAGCUCCUCGUGGAUUCUCCUCAUAUGUGGUGGCCGGAAGUCCUACCUUCAGUAGCUUUUUUCAGAGCAUUACAUGAGAAGGAAGUUAAGUCUGGCAGAAACUUAACAAGACUUCAAUUUUUCUUCUUGGCUUCGGUUCUGAGCUUCUCCUAUUAUGUCGUGCCUGGCUACUUUUUUCCUUCAAUAUCAGCACUUUCAUUUGUUUGCUGGAUACGGAAGCACUCAGUCACAGCUCAACAACUUGGUUCUGGUCUUAAUGGUUUUGGCUUUGGAUCCUUUACUCUUGAUUGGAAUACAGUUGUCGGUUUCACUGGCAGUCCUUUCGUAAUCCCAUUUUCUGCUGUAGCCAAUGCUUUGGUUGGAUUUGUUAUAUUCCUAUAUAUUGUUAUUCCAAUUGCUUAUUUGUGCAACUCGUACAAGGCAAAGAACUUUCCACUUGUCAGUACUGAUGUUUAUGAUGCACAUGGUAAUCUCUACAAUAUCUCAAGAAUUUUGGAUGAAAAAACCUUGAAAUUUGAUCAAGUAGCAUAUGACAAUUAUUCAGAAUUGUAUCUUAGUGUCAUGAGCGUGUACUCUUACGGAUUUACCUUUGCAAGCAUAGCAUCAUGUUUUUCGGAAAUUGCACUUUUCCAUGGGAGCUUAAUUUGGGGCCAACUAACAAAGGCAUUCCAAAGUGGUAAUGGGGUUGAUGUUCAUGUUAAGAUGAUGAAGAAAUAUGAUACUAUUCCUUUGUGGUGGUUUAUUAUUCUUCUGAUUUCAAUGACGGGCCUGACUAUUUGGACUUGUGAAGGGUUUGGUAAUCAACUUCAACUUCCCUACUGGGGAGUUUUAUUACUAUGUGUUCUAGUUCUCAUUCUUAUGCCUUCUUUCGGUGUCCUUCGUGCGACUGUAUCUAAGAGCCUUCUGUUGCUGCUACUUCUUCUGAUCGAGCAACCGCCUAUGGGUGCCUUUACGCAAAUGAUUAUGGGGUAUGUGUAUCCUGGGAAGCCGUUGGCUAAUGCUACUUUUGAAGCCUAUGCUAUGAUGUGUGUUGAUUGUGGUCUUACUGCCAUUUCUAGUUUCAAGCUUGGGCUCUACAUGAAGAUUCCUCCAAAGGCAAUGUUCCUUUCACAGGUCAUUGGCUCCUUCAUCGCAUCUGCUUGUGAAUUUGCUACAGUGUGGUUGCUCUUCUCUUCAGUCGAAAAUAUAUGCCGGCCAGAGUUGCUGCCUAGGGGAAGUCAAUGGACAUGCCCUUAUGACCAAGUGAUCUAUAACAACAUGAUGACUUGGGGUGCUGUGGGUCCGAAACGCGUUUUCUACCCUAAUGGUGUAUAUUCCAAUCUUUUCAUCUUCUUUCUCUUGGGCGCCCUCCUUCCAAUCCCCGUCUGGUUUCUUGCUCGCACUCUUCCUGAGAAAAAAUGGAUCAGGCUCAUCAAUGUAUCGACCAUCUUAAUUGCCGGCGCAUCCAUGCCCCCCGUUAGUGCCGUGAACUACCUGUCAUGGUUCGCCGUUGCUUUCUUCUUGAAGUUCGUGGUGUAUAGAAAGUACAAAAGAUGGUGGGCUAAGUACAGCUAUCUGCUAUCAGUUGCAAUUGAUACAGGAGUCUCUUUGAUGGCAUUUUUAGUAACUGUGACCCUCCAAAUUCACAACGUCAGCGGGAUUGAUUGGUGGGGCUUGGAUGUGUCCGACCAUUGUCCCCUUGCUACGUGCCCGACUGCUCGUGGCGUACAUGCUGAAGGAUGCCCUGCCUUUUGACUGACUUGACUCCCAGGUCUACUGGAUUUAUCAGCGUCGAGUCGAAUUUGUCUCCAUUCCGAGAAGAAUACUAAUUCUGCUACUACCAAAUGUCAUUCGAUAUUCAGUUAAUAAGUUGAAUUUUCCAUGGAUCAGUUGAUCAGUGCUAUAACAUUUUUGAAUUUGAUGAUCUAACUCAUUUGCCUCCGAAAAUAUCUAAUACUAAGCAGUGUUUUAGAA